UUUUGUUUUGCUUUUAGGGUUAUACAUAUCACUUCCAAGUUACAGCCUUAUAAGUUCCUAUGCUAUCUUGUGAUCAGUAAUAAUGGUUAGUGAAUGCUUUAUGAGUCCUUCUGAAUGUGCCUAUGGAUUAAGUGAGACUUUGAAAGCCAAGUUCAAACCCAUUUCGUUUUUGACCUGGGUUUUGGGUUUAAGAACCCUAGUUUUGUUUUCUGUAAUCGGCAGCUGUUCUUUGCAUCCUGUGGAAUGUGGUUUCAAAACCCUCCUUUGUAAACCAUGAGGUUAGCCCGGCGGUUUAAUGUUGUCAGUGGGUUCAAUCCUAGGUCACAUAAUCCUCCAGUGGGACCGCUCUCAAAUCCUUAGUUGCACACAUUUUAUAGUUUGAGAUGUUUUCGAGAGACUCAUUAAUGCACAUGCAUUAUGUGACUCAAGUUCAAUCAUAUAGCCAGAGGUUACGACUCCAAAUAAUAAAGAGAAAAACCCUUCUCUGUAGUUCAGGGCAGAUUGGUUAAUCUCAGCAAUAACUGUUUAACCGAAAUUAGGGCUCCGUCUGUUACUAUAGCAAAUAGAGAACGUAAUGGGGACCUAGAAUCCUGCUAUGGUCUUUGGUGUUGCUGUCUAUCUAGCUAGGAUGUCUUCAGAUAACAAUGUCUUUGUGGAGUGGGAGGAGCACAUCAUUUCCAACGAGAAAGGAAACCGCAUAGUUCACUAUUUCUUGAAGAAUGAAUCUGGCAAUGCAGUCCUCGCCGUAGUGGGUACUGAGAGGAGUAUAAGGCACAUGAUGUAUGUUGUUGCAGAGGAGUACCUACAGGCAUAUGGAUCUGAGGGAUUAAUCAACGCCAGCAUGAAGUGGCGAGCGAGACGAGAAGUGGUGGAUUGGCUCACAGCAAUGGUUUCAAAGCAUCGACCAUCAUUACGAAUAUCAAAUGCACAGACAAGCAACUCAAUACCAGCUCUAGGGUCUCGGGAACACUCAACGGCUAGUAUCAGUGCUCUGCAUACGUGUCUACCAGUUCAUAUUCAUAUGGUUCCAAGGAGAUUGAAAGUUCACGAUGCAGAAAUCGAAUGGUCAGGUGUUUAUUGGAUUUGUAAUAAACAACUCAGGCACUAUCCAGCUUUUCGUAGGAAUGAACUCACCUUAGCUGUUCAUUCCUUUGUAUUCGUUAGGGCUGAAGAAGAAAGUCACUAUAUUGGUUACUUGGAAGAUUUGUAUGAAGACAAAAAAGGCCAGAAGAAGGUUAAAGUACGUUGGUUUCACCACAAUCGGGAAAUUAAACGUGUAUUACCUGAGCUGAAGCCACACCCAAGAGAAAUUUUCAUUACACCUCAUGUUCAGGCAAUCAGUGCAGAGUGUAUUGAUGGUCGUGCGACAGUUUUGACUCCUAAGCAUUAUGAGAAAUGGUUGGCUGCUUUUUCCCACUCUCAAAGAUCAGGAAUUCAUGUUUGCUUUAGGCAAUUUAAAAGCAAUAAGGUCAAGCCCUUCUCCCUAAGUAAGUUACGAGGUUAUUUGAAUCAAAGGGUCCUCUCUUCUUUAAAUCGCCCUCUUGUCUUGAAGCAUGGAACCAAGGGCCUUAAAGCAAACGGGGAAGAAGAUUAUGAUGUUACCCAUGACGACCAUGGAAGACGAGGUGGCAAGAGAAAUCAAAGUUGUGGACCGGCAAAUUCAAUCCCCGGGAACCAGAUAACAAAAUGUGAACCAACCUAUAAGAAGUUGAGGAUCAAGCUAUCAAGUAGGGAAGUUAAGUUUGUUAGACCUCAGGGCUCAAGUCAUUCAUCUUUCGAGGUGGGUGAAAAGAUCGAGCUACUUUGUCAAGAUAGUGGCAUCAGAGGCUGCUGGUUCAGGUGUGAGAUCUUGCAAGCAUCAGAAAAGCGUUUGAAAGUUCAAUAUGUUGAUGUGCCGGAUGCUGAUGAGUCUGCCAAUCUUGAGGAGUGGGUUCCUGCUUCCAAAAUGGCAACUUCUGAUAAACUUGGCAUGAGAUGCUCAGGGCGUUAUAUCAUCCGGCCAUGGCCUUCUGAGGAUUUUUCGGACUGUUCGUUUGAGGUUGGAGCACCAGUUGAUGCAUGGUGGAGUGAUGGCUGGUGGGAAGGUGUUGUAACUGGAAUUGACAAACCUGGAGAUGAUAACCUCCAUGUUUAUUUCCCUGGUGACGAUCGGUUCUUGACCGUCAAAAGAAAAAAUAUAAGGACUUCAAGAGAUUGGGUUGGUAACAGAUGGGUAGAUAUAAAAGCAAAGCCUGAUAUAUUGUCUUAUUUUUCUUCCACCGUUAGCCCCAGCGUGAAGUUCCCAAAAUGCGCAGUGCUGGCUGAGGCAUCUGAUUGUGGUCCCUCUGCAGUGGAUUGCGACAUUCUGACCACCAAACAUAAAGCGGCUGAAGACGUUAAAGGAGAAUUAUCUAAUUCAGCGCCAUCUACCGCCCAUGAUACUGAGGAAGUUGACUUGAUGAAGCAACUUUGUAUCAGCAGUGAAGAUAAAGUGGUAAAAGGUGGUGACACCGGCGAUGGUGCUGGUAACGAGGCCAAGUCAGUUUUAGAUCUUGGACCUGCUAACCAGAAAUUCGAAGCAGUAGAAGGGAUGGGAUUGGUGCCUUAAGGCCCUUAACUCGUGUGAGUCAACAGUUUGGCAUGGCGGAGAAACUUUUUGCGUGCUUACUGGAGAAUCCUCGAGGAGCUUCCAUUGGUUCUCGUAUAUAGUAUAGAGGUCAUGAUAUAUGUAUAUCCAGAAGAUGUUCUAGUUCACUAAAGUCCAGGGAUUUCUUUAAUUUUUUUUCGCUUUUUGAGGGUAUAUUAGGGAUACCUGUUGUGGGUUUUUGAGUUCUAUAGCGGAAAUUUUGUUUUACCGCAAAGAGGUAAACAUUGGGGUCAAGAUCCCAUCAGCCCAAAUAUAUUUGAUACCUAGCUAACAA